UGGACUGAUCAUGUCAACAUCAUACUUUCAAAAUCUAAGCUAGCAGUCAUCUUCAUGAAUCACAUCGACAAUCUACUGGCAAAUCCUUUUUAACAUUGGUCAUAUGAAAAUAAAUAAUGAAAAGAAAUCAAAGAUAAAAUGUAUCGGUGCUCAUCAGCCAUUGGACAAAAACAUUACAUAACAAGUUCGAAAUCGCAAAUUCAGUCUACUUUCCUCCAGACACUGGGAGAUGAAUUCUCCUUUCAGCAGAACAUGAACCUAAAACACAAGGCCAAAUCUACACUGUAGUUUCUUACCGAGAAGACAGUGAAUGUUCCUGAGAGGCCGGGUUAAGCUUUUGACUUAAAUCUACUUGAAAGUCUACAGCAAGACCUGAAAAUGGUUGUUUAUCAAUGAUCAGCCACCAAUUUGACAGAGCUUGAGGAAUUUUGAAAAUAAUAAUGGGCGAAUGUUGCACAAUCCAGGAAUGGAUAUCUCUUAUAGACUUACCCAGAAAGACUCACAGAUGUCAUCGCUGCCAAAGGUUCUUCUAGAUAGUAUUGACUCAGGGGUGUGAAUACUUAUGUAAAUAAGAUAUUUCUGUAUUUCAUUGCCAAUACAUUUUCUAACCUGCUAGAUUUGGAAUAUUCAGAUCAUCAUCAGUUGAGAACCUGAUGAACAUCACAUCUACCUAAGCAGCACAUCACUGAUCAUUUAGAUUUGUGGGCUGACAUGAUGUUUGUCAUUAUACAUUAGAACUUUAUACAGUCCAUCACUGAAAUCAAUCAUGGCAUUCAAAGGGCACUCGAUCCAACAAAUGACAGUCAGCCAUCUCAGUUGUCCGUCUCAUGGAGGGGGCCCCAUUUCAGUUAGGGAGAUUACUGUAACACACCAAGUACCAGUGCAGAGGCGGUGACAUUUGAGAGGGAGGGUGAAGGUUGUUCCCGGCCCUGGAGCAAAAGGGAGCGAAAGGACGGGAGGGGCCAGGCGCAGAUUGAAUUUCAACAGGACAGCAUUCCCCCAAAAAAUUAAGACAGACAACAUAAGAGAGGGAAGAGGGAAGGACAGAAUUGUGAGUAUUGAACAGCAAACAGGUAGAAACGAUAAUUCGUGAACAGGUCAGGGAGGUGAGAGACGGGAGUGGACGAGUACUGGAGGAGUGUCCAUCAAGGAGUGUCUCAGGGUUGGGGACAUCCGUAGAAGACCACGUGUUGGACGGACAGACGGACAUGGUGACAGACCGAAAGAUUCAUGGGAGAAAAACAAUGUGACUUUACAUCACGCAGUUAGUCUCCGUUAGCGGCUGCCAGUCACUCAGUGAGUGACUCGCUACAUCUGGCUAUCAAUUGCUCGUUAGUCAUUAUACCUCACGUUUAUAGUGCAUAUUGUCGUUACUGUUCUGUCUCAAACAAUUAUUUUAUGGAUGAAAGGUGUUGCAUAACCCUUACCAAUGAAAUGUGUGAAAUAAAUGAAGAGUAUACUCUACAAACAUGUUUGGAUUAUGUGUGCAUAGCGUAACUUAGACAUAAUUACACAUCGUUUGAAGAUGAUUUUGUACAGUACAGGCCUUUGUACAAUUACAUGUCUCACAGAGAACUCAACAGUAACAAAGACGUUCGACAUGACUGCUUCCUCUUGCAUAUUUACAGCUUAAAUCCUGCAACUAAUAAUGACUAUAUCAUAUGUGUAGUGAUAAUGCCUCUAUUCCCACACUGAUCCAAUUCCCACUCUGGUUUCAGACCCACAUCCGCUUUAAGUACAAACUGUCCUUACUACAUACAAAGGAGAAAGGGCCCGGAUUGUGGACUACGCCAAUAAAGGCAGGGAUGGAAAACAACGACCCAGAAGGAGGUGGAGAAGGAGGAAGGAGAGACAUAGAAGGAGAGAAAGACAAACGGCUGAAGAACCAACUCAACAGCGAGGAGAAGGGCGAGAAAGAGAACCAAGUGGGCGGUGAGAAGGAGAGGAAGCGGGUGAGCCGGCGGUCCGGAUCACUGUGGAGGAGCGGCUGGGCGCCGAGCGAACGUCUUGCGAUCAACGUCUCAGGGAUGCGCUACGAGACCCAGCUCCGCACCUUGGCCCAGUUCCCAGACUCCAUGCUGGGCGACCCCAGGCGGCGGCUUCGCUACUUCGACCCAUUGCGCAAGGAGCUCUUCUUGGACCGCAACCGGGCCUGUUUUGACGCCAUCCUCUACUUCUACCAGUCGGGCGGGCGGCUCCGGCGGCCCGCCAACGUGCCCCUGGACAUUUUCAUAGACGAGCUGUAUUUCUAUGAGCUGGGCGAUGAGAUCAUGGCACGCUUCAAGGAGGAUGAGGGUUUCCCCAAGGAGGAAGCCCCAUCGCUGCCCGUCAACGAGGUCCAGCGGAGUCUGUGGAUGCUUUUCGAGCACCCGGAGUCGUCAUCGGGCGCGCGCAUCAUCGCCAUCAUCAGCGUCAUGGUGAUCGUGGUGUCCAUCCUCAUCUUCUGCCUGGAGACGCUGCCUGACUUCAGGAGCGAGAAGGAGCUUCGUGAGGAGUACUUCUACAAGUACCACGCCCAGCACAAGAACAUCUCCAUGCACAUGCUUCCCCCAGCCAGUGUCUUCCAGGAUCCCUUCUUCCUGGUGGAGACCAUAUGUAUCUGCUGGUUCUCUUUUGAGCUGUUCAUGCGUUUCAUCUGCUCGCCCAGCAAGAUGCACUUUUUCAAGGACGUGAUGAACGUCAUCGACUUCACCGCCAUCCUGCCCUUCUUCGUGACACUGAUCACCGAGCUCUCCAAGGACACGGAGAACGCACCGGGAAUGUCACUGGCCAUCAUCCGUGUAAUCCGGUUAGUCAGAGUGUUCAGGAUCUUCAAGCUGUCCCGCCACUCCAAGGGCCUGCAGAUCCUGGGCCAGACGCUGAGGGCCAGCAUGCGUGAGCUAGGCCUACUCAUCUUUUUCCUCUUCAUUGGCGUCAUCAUCUUCGCCAGCGCCGUCUUCUUCGCCGAGGCCGACCACAAGGACACCGCGUUUGUCAGCAUCCCCUGCGCCUUCUGGUGGGCCGUGGUUACCAUGACCACCGUGGGUUACGGUGACAUGUACCCAGAGACGGUGUGGGGCAAGCUGGUUGGCUCCAUGUGCGCCAUCGCCGGCGUGCUUACCAUCUCGCUGCCCGUGCCCGUCAUCGUGUCCAACUUCAGCUACUUCUACCACCGCGAGACGGAGUGCGAGGACCAAACCCAGUACACACACAUCAGGACCUCGCUGUGGGAGGACGAGGAGCACGAGGAGGGGGAGGAAGGGGAAGAAGAAGGGAACGGAGAAGGAGAUUACAAUGCCAUAGAGGGCAUCUGCAACCCUCUGAAUAGGACUCUGUUGGGGGGGCUGUGCACUGGGCAGAGCAGGGAGUCGAGUGGGGCGAAGAUGUACCUCAGGGCACCCCUGGUAACUCAGGUGUGACAACAGGAUGACCCUCAGUUGUGAUCCUGUCACAAAAAGAGAGAGAAACAAAAGAGUGAAAAAAUAGGGAUUGAAAAACAGGGAUUACAAAUGUUUAAGACAGCUGAAUGGCAAACUGUCACUGGCCUAAAGUGUGAAAGCAGCAAUACGUGUAGCAGAAAGACAUACAUGCCUGUUUAACACUACACUCACCAGGGGAGGCAUUAAACGAUUGACUGGUGUAGGAACAUAGAACUACACUACCGUAAAUUGCUUGCCAGAAAAAUAAAGGAGAUUGAGUGACAUGCUUAUCGCUUUCCAUGGUCAUGCUAUUUAUUAUUUAAACUAUGAGUUGUAAAACUAUUCAUUGUAGUAUGAGCUUGUGUGUUCUUUUAAAGAGUUGAAUCUUCCUUGUCGUUUUAGUGCCGUCAAUAUAAAACCAUGGUGUCUUCUCCUCUUUAAUCUGAUCGAGAUUAUACAGUUUGUAAAAUGUAUUUUUAUUUACUUAUUUAUUGAGAUGUACUAUGAAAGAGCGCUUUCAGAAUGAAUAAGCAAAUGUUGGUCAACACAGACAAGGAGCAACUAUGAGAUAGACAUAGUGCACAAUGUUACUCAGUCACAGCUUCGCCAUCCCAAUGACGCAUGUGCUAAUGCUUAUAGAUAACAAGGUUUUACGUGCCACUUUAACAUUCUCAAUCGGACUACAGCUACAGCAUGCUUAUGAUGAUUGUGUGACUUCUUCUCAAGUUUAUACUGCAGAGCCAAUAUUUCCUGAUGGCUGGAGCUACAUACAUGUAGCAACAUUCUGGUUCCUAUUACUGUAUCAUCUGAUCUCUGAUCAGAUCACCGAACGUAUUGUUACCAAUUUAGAGGGAAGGAGUGUGGAGGUCGUUUAUUCUCAGGGUAACUUGGUGCGAAAGGCCUAUAUUUGUGUAUGUGUUGUUUUUAAUAAAGGUUAUAUUUUGUAAAUUUUC